AUGGACCAUCUCGAAGGACCAUGCGCCAUCUUCAAAGUCCCCAAGCACAUCCGACAGUUGGAUAAUGAAGCCUACGAACCUGUGAUUGCUUUCCUUGGACCUUUUCACCACAACAGCGAUGGGAGUUCCUUCAUGAACGACCACAAGUGGCGGUGUGUCCGGCACAUUCUAUCGCGUCAUCGAAGUCGGGAGCAUGCAAGUCAAUUGUUUAACGAGUGCUUGUUAGAGUUGAAGAAACAGGAUGAGAAGGUUCGGAGUUGCUACUCCGAGGAAUUCUCCACACUGAAUGCCCAGGAUAUGGCAUUGAUCAUGUUGCUUGAUGGGUGCUUCAUCAUUUGUCUCAUGCUAAGGGAGAAAGAGGAGGAAGGCAAGGCAACCAAGGAGGAUGAGGGCAAGAAGAGGAGAGAGUGUAUGAUUGAGACGAGGGAAGGGGAGGUUGUUUUAAAUAUCGAGGAGAAGGAUGAACAGCUUGAGUACCCAACUGUGGCAGGGCGGUUCACUAUUAAUUUAGUGGUUUAUGAUCUGCUGAAGCUUGAGAACCAAAUUCCUUUCUCCAUCAUCCAAUUGCUAUUUGAUCGUCUCAUACCAUGCGAGGAUGGACAGAUUAAUCUUGUUGACCUUGCUCUCCAGCUUUUCAAGGGCAUCCAACCCGAGGAAUCCGAAUCAUUCAAGAAGUCCAAGAAGAAGUCCCCUAGAGAAUACCAUCAUUUGCUCCAUCUAUUUUAUUCAUCUCGGAUCCCUUCAGAAAAGCCAGUAGAGUCUACAUCUGUACCAGAGGAAGCUGCUCCUUCACAAGGGGAUUCAACAUUUGCACCGACUUCGACAUGUGCAUCAGGAUGUAUUCCUGAACUCAUGAAGUGCAACUGCAAGAAAGCAGAAGUUGAUCCUCCACGAGGAUCUGCACCCAAGUGGAUUCCUCGUGCGAUAGAGCUCGACAGGGCUGGGGUGAAGUUCAAGAGGAAGAAACUGACAGACAGUUUCUUGAACAUAAAUUUCGGGAGAAGGAAGAUGAAGCUCACGCCACUGCUGUGCCUCCAGAAGUUGUGUUUAAUGCUUAGGAGUGGGCGGAUGGAGAUACCACUACUGCAAAUCUAUGACUAUACCGGUCCUCUCUUCCGAAACGUCAUAGCUUUCGAACAGUGCUAUUUCGACACUGAGAUGUACAUUACGAUAUACGCACUCUUUAUGGACUGCAUUAUCCACCAGGCUGAGGACGUGCAGUUGCUCUGCUUCGAAGGCAUACUGCAACAUAAGCUAAGCAAUCAUCAAGAAGUGGCAAACCUCUUUAAUCGGUUGGGCAACCAGAUACACUAUGAUUGGGAAAAGAACUACCUUGCAAAUCAGAUUGAGGAAAUAAACAGGUUUUAUGAACUCAAAUGUCACAAAUGGCUUGCCGCUUUGAGGCGAGACUAUGUUGGCAACCCAUGGGCUACAAUUUCAGUGUUGGCAGCGGCCUUUCUGCUCUUGCUGACUGUCAUGCAGACAGUAUAUUCUGUAUUGUCCUAUAUUUAUCCUUCAUAG